ACAUUAUUUAUAAUUACCAAACAAAACUUUUAUUGUUUUUUGUCUUGGUCAGUAAAGUAAAACAAAAAUAAAUCCCAUCAACAGUUCAUCUGUGGAUUGGCUCAUGCACAAUUCCGAAAAAAAAAAAAAAAAAAAAAAAAAAACAAUUUGGGAUUAAAUUGCAAAUUUGUCACAUUCGGAUUGCAGCCCAAUCAAACCGGGAAGUUUGAGUAGGCACCUUCAAUGACGUAUGCAGUCGACACAUGCUUCUACCUCAGUGGAUGGAAGUAAAACAUUAAACGUCCUUUGAUGCAGCGUAAAAAAUGUAAAAUGAUUUCUCAUUAUUAACGCUACCUAUUGAAGCGCAAUAUGGGACCACACGAAAUCAUAUGACCAUUAUCUGUUCCCUGUUUUUUGUUUUGUGUGUGUUUAACGUUACAUGCGGAAACGAUUAUUUCGACGCGUGCAUUUUGAGUGUUAGCAAACGCUUCUCGAGUCUCGCCUCUCAAUGCGCAGGCACUGCUGGCUGUCCUCUGAUCUAAUCGGCUUCAGUGACUCGGUUAUUUCGUACAUUUUUGAUUGACUGUUGGUCAUGAUGUUGGGUUCGUAAUGGAUGUAACAAAGCAGGCAGCAUCAGCAGCACGUCAGGACUGGAGCUUCAGUGCAGUAAAGAUAGAAUGCAGUAAUGGCCAGCCAUGACCCACUGUAGUGUCGGACAGAAGAAUGACAGAGAGAGAAAAUCAUGGGGAAAUACCAUCCCAAAUAUAUUCCGGUCUUUACUCUGCUGGCACUGUCAGGACUUCUUUUCCUGCUGUGGAACAUCGCCUCGUUGGAGAGCUGGAACUGCCAGACAGCAUCCACCUUCUAUCAACUUCAAAACAGUAUCCAGUCAGUCUUGAAAACCUCUGAAUUUCUUCUCCCCGUGGAGUUCAACUACUCAUUCUGUGCCCACCUUGGUCAGGAGCCCUCCGCAGAGGAAGCCAGGGAGGAGAGAUAUCUUCUCAAAUCUAUCGCCUGGCCAGAGCCAUCCAUACUAGGACUGCCGUUGCGUCAAAGUAGCGAUCCUGCUCAGAGCUAUUAUACUAUUCAAAACACUGGAGAGCUGCAGGUUGGUGGGCAGCUUGCAGUGAAGGUACAGCUGCAAAACUUUUUGGGCCAGCCCAAAAAACACGGAGGAGACUUCCUAGUAGCACGACUUCACACACCGGAGCUGGCGGCAGGUGUGGCGGGGCGGGUAAAAGACCACAACAAUGGAAACUACACUGUAUAUUUCCCACUGCUUUGGGCAGGCGUUGUGCAGGUGGAACUGACCAUGAUUCACUCCAGUGAGGCCGUGGUGAUCCUCAGGCGACUGAGAGAGGAGCAAUCGGACCGAGUGUUCUUCAAGAGCCUCUUCCGCUCAGGGUACCUCUCUGAGACCACUUUGUGUAAUUUGUGUCUGCCACUCAAACAGCGGCCGCUUUGCAACUACACAGACCCACAGACCGGAGAACCCUGGUUCUGUUAUAAGCCCAAGAUGUUGGACUGUGAUACACGGAUCAACCACUCAAAAGGGGGGUAUAAGAAACACCUUCUCACUGUUUAUGAGUCACAGUUCUUCCACAGUGGAGUAAAUAUCAAAAUCCCAAUACAUUCUUCAGGGGUGGACAAUGUGACUGUUCUACCUGCUUCUGAAGUACGAACCAAAGGGAAGCACCGUAAAUUCACUCCUUCCGGUUACUACUACCAGGGAUCGUGGAAGCCGUUGACUGGUGUCGUCAUGCGUCAGUUCAAUAGCUCCUCUGCCAUUACCCAGUGUCUUAGAGGGAAAAUGGUGUACAUGUAUGGAGACUCCACUGUGCGACAGUGGUACGAGUAUCUCAUUGCCCAUGUUCCAGAGCUUAAAGAGUUCAACUUUCAUAGCCCGAAGAAUGUUGGCCCGUACAUGGCAGUCGACAGCAACCACAACACACUGUUGAGAUACCGCUGCCACGGGCCGCCGAUCCGCUUCACAUCCGUGUUCUCGGCUGAGAUGCGCUAUAUCUCAAAUGAGCUGGACGGCUUACGAGGGGGCUCGGACACGGUGGUCGUGAUUAGCAUCUGGUCACAUUUCAGCACUUUCCCAGUGCAGGUUUACAUACGGCGCCUGCGCCACAUCCGCAGGGCGGUGAUCCGGCUGCUGAGCCGAGAACCAUCGACUUUGGUUCUGAUUCGCACAGCCAAUCUCCAGAAGCUGGACCCUGAGUCCAGCAUGUUCAACAGCGACUGGUACUCUCAACAGCUUGACGCAGUGCUGCGAGCCAUGUUUAAAGGUCUGAAUGUCCAGCUGGUGGAUGCCUGGGAGAUGACACUGGCCCACCACCACCCUCAUCAGCUACACCCUCCUCCUGACAUUAUAUCAAACAUGCUGAACUUUGUCCUUUCCCACAUCUGCCCAGUAAGGAGAAAGAGAAGGCAUGGCUAAUGCAAGGCUAAACCGCUCUAGCAGUAUUUGAGGAAUAUAUAUUUUAAGUGGAAUUUCUAGUCUCCUUUAGAGAGGGGAACCGGAUCAGCGCUGGGAAUUGAACUUGGGUCACCCGAGGUGCAGUUGCACUGUAUGGCGGAGCGUUGCCUCGUGGAUAACAUUUGUGGGCAAUCUUGAGGAACUGGUGAGAGCCCGUUUGCUAUUUAUUCAUCUGUUCGGGCUUGCAAAUGUUCAUAAAGAUUUUAUUGUUCAGAAAUAUAAAA